AUGUCUCCUUUCUCGAAGUCCAAUCAUCGCAGCAAACCCGCAUCCCUCUCGCUCUCCAGCUCUGGCUCCACGCACUCCGCUUACACAUCCAUCUCCUCAUUCUCGUCUCCCUCGUCCUCAGUCUGUUCACCCUCGUCCUCACAUUCGCGCCAGGACACGGAGGAGAGCAUACAGAGCACCCUUCACCCGCCCAGUGUCGACUCGGGCUACGCGUCGAGCUCAGAGAGCCGUGGCUACCUCUCGCCCCACCCCGAUUACAUGCUCUCCCGUACAUAUGAAAAUUGGAAGAUCGCCGACGCGGCGACACAACGCCUGUUCGUCGACCUCAAGUCACUCGAGGAGUGCAAGGAGCAACUGCGGAGAGCAAACAAGCGGAGGGUACAGGAACCGAAGAGUCCGAAUCCGAAGCGCAAACCGUCCCUUCUUACAAUGCCCUUCAGGAAAAGGCCCGUCGAGCAGCCGCCCGUGACACUCCCCCCUCGUUCUCCUAGUCCGACACGAGACGACCUCCCCACCGUAGAGCAUCUUCAAGCUCAGAUUGACAUUCUCACGAAGCGGAUCGAGGCGACGCAGUCGGCGUCGGAGCGGUUGGAUGCAUGUUUUGAAGAGCUGCGGAAAGUGUUAGACGACGGGAGACCUACUUCGUGGAGGAGCUUCACGAGCAGCUCCAGCGAAGACGGCUACCCUUCGGGCCAUAACUUCGCAGACGAUUACACGCGCGCACGGAGGACAGUCGCAGCUCGCGACCAGGCGUAUAGUGACAGCAAGGCGAUGACGGCGGCCAUGCAGCACGCGUGCCAUGCGAUCCAGUCUGCGCAUCACCAUUACCGGCAGGCGAUGGACCUGCUCGACGCGGUGUGUAGCCCGAACAAACACAGGUGGGAGGCGGUCAUGGGCGAUGAGCAGAGUAGGCAAGAGACGUAUCGCGAGGCGGCGGACUGGGCGCAGAAGGCGCAGAUCUGCUUCAACGAAUGUGUGCGGUCGCUCACGCCACAUUGGGAGCUCCUCAAGCAGGACGAGCUCCAAGACUGCAAGGACAUUGAGCAGACUGGGCUCCUCCAAGCUGUCCAGCUCUACAAUCUCAUGUACGGCGGCAAGGUCCUGCAGAUGGGCAUCACACAGCAAGUGCAAGUGAUGAUCCAGAAGCAGGACGCGAUGUUCGAGCGGCUGACCAACUUUGCGGUCUGGGUCCAGAACUGCACGCAGGAGUGCAGCGUAGUCGAGCUCGAGGGGCGCGAGAAGCGCGAUGCAGCACGACGGCACCUCGUCGAGCUCUGGGUCAAGGCGGACAAGGAAAACGAGAAUUUCUCGCUCGUCGCGCCGAGCAUGAGCGUGCAUGUGGGCUCCGGUAACGCCUAUUGAUCUGACGCGUGGUGAUCGUGACCAUUCUCUCGUGGUGCUGUGCGGUCUUUGGUAUGGUUUCGCUUUAUAUGAGAUUUUCAUCCUCGCUGUGUAGAGGGGCAAGUCAUCGGGCUCCCCGCUCGAUGCCCUCGUCUUAUGCCAUUAGCACUCGACGUUCUCUGCUUUACGCUGACUAUGCGUAUCUUAUUUUCCUUCGCCUUCACCAUGUUCAUACUGGUUGCUUUCGUAGCUCGUUGCCCCAUUUUCAGCCUAACACUCCCGUUGACCAUCGCGCCUGAUCCCCGGCUCCAUCAUCUAUCCUGAGGUGCUAUAUGCGUAAUCAGUUGUUCACCUCACUUAUCUCCUUGUUGUAUCGGCUGUAGGAUACUGGUGUGGAAGCUACCAAGAUGUCUUGUUGCUCGUUCG